CCGGUGCCCGCGCCCCACGGCCACAGCCUUGCUGCGCUAUAGCGCACGGAGCAUGUGCAGACCCGCAGGCGCCGAGGUGCUAUCUGUCCGGCGGGCUUCUGGGCAGUGGUGACUGUCACGCGUAGAGAGACCUUUCGGGGGCUCUCGCCGCGCCUCUGCGUAGCGGGUGACACUGCGGUGCUCGCGAUAAGGGCGGCAGCUGCCUCUCGGUGAAGACGUCUUGGGCUCCGUGCGCCCUCCCUCUCCCCCCUAUCGUUCUUUCCCUUCCCCAGCUGCUCGCUCCUUAGCUCGCCCGCUCACACCCGCAGCCUCCCGGAGCGGGAGGCGUGGGUUCCCGCCGCUUCUCUUCCAAAGGGGCCUCCUCACUUCGGAGAUGCAGUGACAAGUUAAUAUGGGCGUCCAAGCCUCGAGUUCCCAGGAGGAGAAUCGCAAGAGGCAACAGCUCCUGAGCACCCGGAGCCCUUGAACAGGCCGCCCAGGAGGGGCGUGAAACCCGGCUGCAGCAUCCGUCCAGGUGGGACCAGCUGAGCGCCGCGACCAAGGCGAGCUCGCCGGAUUGCUCCGAGAUCCCCGACGCGGGGAUAUUUUUUUCUUUCCCUCGGCUGGUGGUGGGCGCCUCUCGGGCCGAAGCCCGGCGCCUGCUCUGCUGCCCGCGCUGCCUUUAGCGGUCGCCUCCGCCGCCGCUGCCAGGGACGUGCUGGGAAAGCCGAAGCCCCGGGAGAAGAUGCCGGCCAUCCUGGUCGCCUCCAAAAUGAAGUCGGGACUGCCCAAACCCGUGCACAGCGCCGCGCCCAUCCUGCACGUGCCCCCAGCCCGGGCGGGCCCCCAGCCCUGCUACCUCAAGUUAGGAAGCAAGGUGGAGGUGAGCAAGACCGCCUACCCUAGCCAGAUCCCCCUGAAAUCGCAGGGGCUGCAGGAGCCGGCGGGGGAGGGGCUCCCGCUGCGGAUGAGCGGCUCGGUGGAAAACGGGUUCGAUACCCAGAUCUACACGGACUGGGCCAAUCACUAUCUAGCCAAAUCAGGCCACAAACGUCUCAUCAAGGAUCUCCAGCAAGAUGUGACGGACGGCGUCCUCCUGGCCCAGAUUAUCCAGGUUGUGGCAAAUGAGAAGAUUGAAGACAUCAAUGGCUGUCCAAAGAACAGAUCGCAAAUGAUUGAAAACAUAGAUGCCUGCUUGAAUUUCCUGGCAGCUAAGGGAAUAAACAUCCAGGGGCUGUCUGCAGAAGAGAUCAGGAAUGGAAACCUCAAGGCCAUUCUAGGCCUCUUCUUCAGCCUCUCCCGGUACAAGCAGCAGCAGCAGCCCCAGAGGCCACACCUCCCCUCGCCACUGCUGCCCGCCGUGUCCCCGGCGGCCGGGGCCCCCUCCCAGUGCCAGGCUGGCGGUCCUCAGCAACAGGUGCCCGCCGCUCCCCAAGCCCCGUGCCAGCCUCACCAGCCAGCGCCACACCAGCCGUCAAAAGCACAAGCUGAGAUGCAGUCCAGUGCAUCUUCCAAGGACUCAUCACAAAGCAAAAUCAUCCGCUUCACUCUGGGUCAGAAAAAGAUCUCUAGACUUCCAGGUCCUACCGCGAGGGUAUCCGCUGCAGGCAGCGAGGCCAAAACACGCGGAGGGUCAGCCACUGCUAACAACCGACGGAGCCAGAGCUUUAACAACUAUGACAAGUCCAAACCGGUCACCUCCCCACUCCCACCCCCACCAGCAAGCAGCCAUGAGAAAGAUCCUCUCUUCUCCAAGCUGAAUGUCUCCUUCACUUCAGCCACUCCUUGCUCAGAAUAG